AUGGGUUUCCGCUACAACAACGUCCUUCACGCCAACCACUUCCGCAAGGACUGGCAGAGCCGUGUCCGUACCUGGUUCGACCAACCCGGUCGCAAGCUUCGUCGCCGCCAGGCCCGCAAGGCGAAGGCCGCCAAGCUCGGCGUUCGCCCCCUCACCCUCCUCCGCCCCGCCGUUCGCGCACAGACCGUGCGCUACAACAGGAAGGUCCGCGAGGGUCGUGGGUUCACCCUGGCCGAGCUCAAGGAGGCUGGUAUUGGCAAGAAGGAGGCUCGUGGUAUCGGCAUUGUUGUCGACCACCGGAGGCGAAACCUGAGCGAGGAGGGCAAGGCUGUCAAUGUUGAGCGCCUGAAGGCGUACAAGGCCCGCCUCAUUGUCUUCCCCCGCAACGCCAAGAAGCCCAAGCAGGGCGACUCCACCGGCGAGGAUCUUACUGCUCCCAUCUCUCGCACCUCCAUUCCCCUCCCUCCCCCCUUCGUUCCCGAGGCUCCCCGCAAGAUUACCGAAGAGGAGCGCGAGUUCCAGGCUUAUCGCACCCUCCGCAACGAGCGUGCCGCCGCCCGCAACGAGGGCAAGCGCAAGAUCCGGGAAGCGAAGAAGGCGGAGGAGGAGGCGAACAAGAAGAAGUAA